CAAGCAAUUAUUUCUCCGAAAUGUUACUUUUGCCCAGUUUGUUUGGUUUGCCUGAUUUGUUUUGAGUUCUCCCUGCCGCGCGAUUGACAAUGUUGAUGCGACACGAACUACAUCUUUAGCGUUGCCAUCAUGGCGAACGAUCCAAGUGAUCCUGAGGCUGAUGCACUGCGCUCACUUGCCCUUCUCGAGACGCGUCUACGUCGGCUAGAAUUCCUGUUGACAGGCACGAGCGAUGACUAUGGCAGACCCAUACCGGUAACGAGGUCUUUACAUAAUAGUGAGACGGUGUUGGGGAAGCUCGACGCUUUGCAGGCUGAUCUGGCAAGGUUGAAUAAAGUGAGCGGACCAGCCGGGCCUCUGCUCAAAGACAUUGAGCGACUGGCGACCACAUAUCCAGACCUCUUUGAUCCUUCGACAGCAAACCCAGAUAUACCGAAGUCUGAAGAUCUCAGCACUUUAGCAUCUAUUGUUCUCUCGCACGCGACUGUCUUCCCAGAGACUGCGUCAAGACUCGCGUCUCUACAGACACUACAGAUACCUCCAGCUAAACAAAGCUCGCUCCUGGCAACUUUGUCCCCCAAGCUCGAGGAGUGCAGAGCCACCGAAGAUAGCAUUGCCAAUGAGGCACGAGAGCUACGAGAUCGCAGUGCCCGGUGCCUCGAAUGGUGGGUAAAGAUCGGUGUCAUUGGAAUGGGGGACGUUUCGAAAGAUUGGGAGAGAAGAGUGGGCGAGGUCCAAAAACACCUGAUCCGUUGGGAACGUCGUGCGAAGGAGGAACAAGGCUAUCUCUGAACACCAGAGGGCGAUAUGCUCUUUCCACCACCAGAGGCCGUUGCUGCAACACGAUUGGAGAUUGGCGGAUGAUCCGAUUCGGCUUUAUUUAGCAACCACGACUCUCACUGACGAUCCGGGCCGUGAAAGACUGCAACCGGCAUGUCGACUCAACCGAAGGAGAAUAACUUCCGGAUACGGACUUCAAUUGUUCUUGCCAACGAGCGCCGCCUAUCAACUGCACCAACAUUGGCCAAUUGGGAUAUUGAAGUAUUGGGCGCUAGCUCCGUACUUGCAGAUC